AAUUUCCUCCCAGGCCUCCAGGGGUUAUGUAUAAAGGCCCCCCUGGAGCUGGGCCCCAAAACAACCCAGAGCCUGCAGCCUAGUCCCACCCAGACCCAUGGCUGGACCUGCCGCCCAGAGCCCCAUGAAGCUGGUGGGUGAGUGUCUUGGCCCAGGAUGGGACAGCUGCCCGCCCUGGCAUGGGAGGGAGGCUGGCAUGGCAGAGGGGCUGGGGAUCCCCGUUCUGGGAAUGGGGAUUAAACGCGCCAGUGUCCCCGAGAGGGGACAGCAUGUCUCCUGAGCCCGCUCUGUCCCCAGCCCUGCAGCUGCUGCUAUGGCACAGUGCACUCUGGACAGCGCAGGAAGCCACCCCCCUGGGCCCUGCCAGCUCCCUGCCCCAGAGCUUCCUGCUCAAGUGCUUAGAGCAAGCGAGGAAGGUCCAGGGCGAUGGCACGGAGCUGCAGGAGAAGCUGUGUGCCACCUACAAGAUGUGCCACCUCGAGGAGAUGGUGCUGUUCAGGCACUCUCUGGGCAUCCCCCAGGUUUCCCUGAGCAGCUGCUCCAGCCAGGCCCUACAGCUGACAGGCUGCUUGAGGCAGCUCCAUAGCGGCCUCUUCCUCUACCAGGGCCUCCUGCAGACCCUGGAAGGGAUCUCCCCCGAGUUGGCCCCCACCUUGGACAUGCUGCGCCUGGACAUCGCUGACUUUGCCACCACCAUCUGGCAGCAGAUGGAAGAGCUGGGAACAGCCCCUGCCCUGCAGCCCACCCGUGGCGCCACACCAGCCUUGCCCUCUGCCUUCCAGCGCCGGGUGGGAGGCCUCCUGGUGGCCUCCCAUCUGCAGAGCUUCCUGGAGCUGGUGCACCGCGUUCUACGCCACCUUGCCCAGCCCUGAGCCAAGCCCUUCCCAUCCCAUGUAUUUAUCGCUAUUUAAUAUUUAUGCCUAUUUAAGCCUCAUAUUUAAAGACUGGGAAGAGCAGAAGGGAGCCCCAGGCCUCUGUGCCCUUCCCUCCAUUUCUGAGUUUCAUUCUCCUGCCUGUAGCAGUGAGAAAAAGCUCCUGUCCUCCCAUUCCCCUGGACUGGGAGGUGGAUAGGUAAAUACCAAGUAUUUAUUACUGUGACUGCUCCCCAGGCCUGGCUCUGCGGUGGGUGCUGGGACAAGCCGCAGUGGGCCCUGGGCCCCAGGGUCUGCACCUGGGGCCCUUGAGAGUAUCAGGUCUCCCACGUGGGAGACAAGAAAUCCCUGUUUAAUAUUUAAACACAGUGUUCCCCAUCUGGGUCCUUGCGCCCGUCACUCUGGCCUCAGCCGACUGUACAGCAUGCCCUGCACCCCCUUGGGCGUGAGUGGACAAGCAGAGGCAGCCAGAGCUGGAAGGCAUAGCCCUGAGGUCCCACAGAUCUGCUGGGGAAUCUUGUUUUUAUUAAGACUUUUGGGGCACAGUUUGACUCCCCACAUGAGAGCUCAGACAUCACCGACGUGUGAUGCCCAUUUUUCUGGUGCCCUCGGGACACCUGCCCUGCCCCCACCAGGGUCAGGACUGUGACUCUUUUUCAGGCCGGGCAGGUGCCUGGACAUUUGCCUUGCUAGACAGGGACUGGGAAUGUGGGAGGGAACAGACAGGAGGAAUCGUGUCAGGUGUAUGUGUGAAAAGAAGCUCGACUGACUGUCACCCUCCACCUGUUCACCCCCCACUCACCGGCAUCCUCUCCACUAUCACAUUGUAACCAAGCUUCAGUAUAAUAAAGUGUUUGUCUCCA